UGUUAUAGCAGCACUAGAUAACUGAGACACUGGGCAAUCAGUUGACACGUCUUUCUGUAUAUUUUCUUCCAGAGUCCUCUCCUUUCUAAUUUGUUAUCUCUAACCCACUUUAGAUUGAGGAUUCUGGUUGUCUAUUGCUAUGUAGCAAGCUUCCCCAAAACUUAGUGACUUAAAAUAACAACCAUUUUAUUAUAACUCACAAAUUUCGUAGGUCAGGAAUUUGAGAAGGGCUCAGCUAGGUGAUUCUUCUACUUCAUGUGGUUUGAUAUAGUUCUGACAGUGGUACUUAGCUGGUGAAUGGACUGAUCUGGAGAGUCUAAGAUGGUGGCAUUCAUGUGACUGGCACCAUUGAGGGGAUUCCUGGAAGGCUAGGCAUAGCUGGGACUGUUAACAACAGCCCUUACACAUGGCCUCCUUAGCAAGGUGGUCUCAGCAUAGUUGGACUGUUUACAUGCUGGCUGACUUUCCACAGAGCAAGUAUCCCAAGAAAAUCAGGUGGAAGCUGCAUGACUUUUUCUGACUUGGCCCCAGAAGUCACACAACAUCACUCCUGCUGCAUUCUAUUGGUUACAUGAGAGUCACAAGGCCAGCCCAGAUGCAAGGGAGGUGAAUUGGACUCCACCUCUUGAUGGCAAAGUGGUAUAGUCAUAUUGUAAAAGACCAUGUGGGAUGGAGGAUAUUGUCAUGGCUAUCUUUGGAAAAUACAGCCUGCCACUCUGAGAAACAAAUAGCCACGCUCCUACUGAUAAAGAGAAAAACGGUUCUAAACGAGGGCUUGAGAUCUUCUUCUGCUACUGGGUGCUGGACCUCAACUUUCCACCUUCUGUGUCCUCCAGAAGUUGUCUGGAACAAUGUUCAUCUUGUGCAUGGUGAUCAUGGGCGCUUCUGCCUUCACCGUUCAGCCUGAGCAGCACACAGUGGCUGCAAGGAACUGCCAAUUCCGUGGCAAGCAUUUCAAAAAGUAUUACCGGGUGGAAGGAGAGCCAGUGGUCCUGAGGUGUCCCCAGGCACGGUCUUGGUUGCAGACCUCGGCCAGCUCCCACUUCAACACGACCUGGCAUAAAAACGACUCUGGUAGGAUGGUCCCAGGAGAAGAAGAGAAGCGACUAUGGGUCCAGGACGGGGCCCUGUGGAUUUUGCCAGCCUUGCAGAGGGAUUCUGGCGCCUAUGUCUGCACUGUCAGAAAUGCCUCCUACUGUGAUGAAAUGUCUAUUGAGCUCAGCGUUCUUGAGAAUACAGAAGCUUCUCUGCCGUUCACCUCUUACCUGCAAAUUGUAACCCUGUCAACCCUGGGGUUAUUAUCUUGCCCUGAGCUGAGUGAAUUCACCCGUAACAAAACUGGCUUGAAUGUUCAAUGGUACAAGGAUUCUGUUCUUCUGGAUCAAGACAAUAGAAAGUUUCUAAGUUUGAGGGGAACCACUCGCUUAUUCAUAUACAACGUGUCUGUAGAGGAUGCAGGCUACUACAGCUGUGGGCUGCCAUUUUCCCACAAUGGCACGCGAUACAACAUCACACGGAACAUUAAAGUGCGAGUUAACCAAAAAGAAGAAGAGCCAAUUCCGGUGAUUGUGUCUCCCCACCAGACCAUACUAGCUUCGCUGGGGUCAAGACUGACAAUCCCAUGUAAGGUGUUCCUGGGAGUCGGCAUAAAAUCAACCUCCACUGUGUGGUGGACGGCCAAUGACACUAUCAUAGACAGUGCCUACCCAGGAGGCCGAGUGACUGAGGGGCUGGAAAAGGAAUAUUCAGAAAAUAAUGAGAACUACAUCGAAGUGCCAUUGGUUUUCGAUCCAGUCAUAAAGGAGGAUUUGAAAACAGACUUUAAAUGCAUUGUCACUAAUAGAAUGAGUUUGCAGACACUACGUACCACAGUCAAAGAAGCCUCCACCUUCUCCUGGGGGAUUGCGCUGGCUCCCCUCUCGCUGGUCUUCUUGGUUUUGGGAGGAAUCUACAUGUACAGAUGGUGUAAACACAGACCUGAAAAAGGAUAUAGUCUGACCACGGUAAAGACCGACCAUGAAGAUUUUUAAUCCCAUCCAACAAAAUAGAGGAAAGAGAAUAACUCAAGUACAAACCAUGUCCUUUUCUAUGGAAAUGGUUCUUCCUUUUGGAGGAACUCUGUUCAUUUCUCAACUGUUAACAAAGCCACUGUGUUUAUAGUGGACUUGUAAUAAAGCACUGAAGUACUA